CAAACGCCCAACUCCUUUUCAAAAUACGCGGAGAUGUCACUAAAGAGACGGAACCGUGGAUUAGCGGUUAAUGACCUCUGGACGCCACACUUCUGGAACGUCCUUGACCGAAUGUAGAACCACGGACACAGAAAUCCUCAUAAGAGAAUAAACUCAACUUUGAAAAGUGUCACAAAGAUCAUAUAUUUAUUUGGACGUUCCGCUUGACGGUGUACAGAUUCAUUUUGAGGAUGGAUAAAGGCACAACUGCUAAAUCAUCAUCUGCUGUGUUCACCCCAAAUUCUGCUAAAGGAUGGAUGAAGAAGAAGGAUGGAGCCUUACAAGCUGCAAAAUGGAAUGCUUCUUUAGCUUCUAAAAUCAAAACUAAAUUAAUGAAUAACUCGUCUAUGUUUAAAUUAUCUUUGCAACAAAAUAACAAAGCAUUAGCUUUGGCUUUGAGUGUUGAAAAAGAAAAUUCUCGCAAGCUAAAGAAUGAGAAGAUUUUUCUUCAGAAGGAAGUAGAAAAACUCCAGCUUCAUAAUAUCUCGCUUCGUCAAAAACUAACUUGUUUGAAUAAAACCCUUAUUGGAAUAGAGGCAUUUUUGAAUGAAAACCUCUUAACUGCAAUAGAAAUAAGCAGCCCUUCUGAGAUCUGUAGAAUUGCCAGCAAAGCUUCCUUUCAUUGCAAAAGCCAAUGCAGAGCAGCAAGGUAGCCCUUCUCCAGGUGAAGCAUCAC